GGGGCUCCAAGGCCGUUCUCCCCGCCCCCUCACCCGUGGUCCCGCCCCGUUCUCCCGGCCGGGGCAGGGCCAGGCGUCCAGCGGCUGCUGGCUGGAGAGCCAGUGACUUCCUUGUUGUGAGUCUCGGCCUCGUAGCUGUGCCCCGGCUCGUAGCCCCGCGGUGCUCACCCGGACAGCUAGCGCGAGUCCAGGUCCCAGCCACAGCCAUGCCCAACCCCAGCAGCACCUCCUCUCACGGCCCGCUCCCUGAGGAAAUUAGGAACCUGUUGGCAGAUGUUGAAACAUUUGUAGCAGACACACUGAAAGGGGAAAAUUUAUCCAAGAAAGCAAAGGAAAAGAGAGAAUCUCUCAUUAAGAAGAUAAAAGAUGUAAAGUCUAUCUAUCUUCAGGAAUUUCAAGACAAAGGUGAUGCUGAGGAGGGGGAUGAAUAUGAUGAUCCUUUUGCUGAGCCUCCAGACACUAUUUCCUUAGCCUCAGAACGCUAUGAUAAAGAUGAUGAUGGCCCCUCUGAUGGAAACCAGUUUCCUCCCAUUGCAGCCCAGGAUCUUCCUUUUGUCCUAAAGGCCGGCUACCUGGAAAAACGCAGAAAAGAUCACAGCUUCCUGGGGUUUGAAUGGCAGAAACGGUGGUGUGCUCUCAGCAAAACAGUGUUCUAUUAUUACGGGAGUGAUAAAGACAAACAACAGAAAGGUGAAUUUGCAAUAGAGGGCUACGAUGUCAGAAUGAAUAACACCCUCAGAAAGGAUGGAAAGAAAGAUUGCUGUUUUGAAAUCUGUGCUCCUGAUAAACGUGUCUAUCAGUUUACAGCAGCUUCUCCCAAAGAUGCUGAGGAAUGGGUCCAGCAGCUGAAAUUUAUAUUACAAGACAUGGGAUCCGAUGUGAUUCCAGAGGAUGAUGACGAAAGAGGAGAAUUAUAUGAUGACGUCGAUCAUCCUGUUCCAGUCAGCAGCCCAUCAAGGAACCAACCAAUAGAUGAUGAAAUUUAUGAAGAACUUCCAGAAGAGGAAGAGGACACUGCUUCAGUGAAGAUGGACGAGCAAGGGAAGGGGAGUCGGGACAGUGCACAUUACCCCUCAGGAGAUAGAAGCACUGAUUAUGCUAAUUUUUACCAGGGCCUGUGGGACUGCACUGGAGCCCUUUCUGACGAGUUGUCCUUUAAGCGUGGUGACGUCAUUUACAUUCUUAGCAAGGAAUACAAUAGAUAUGGCUGGUGGGUAGGAGAAAUGAAGGGAGCCAUUGGCUUGGUGCCUAAAGCCUAUGUAAUGGAGAUGUAUGAUAUUUGAGAGUCCGGGGAAGUCUUCUGGGUGUCUGCAAGUGCUCUGGAUUUGGAAACCCCCGCGAGCCUGAAUGGCCCAGAGCUGCCUUCGUUUGCCUGUUUAUCCCUGUCUCAGCAGCUCUUCUAUAUUGUCACUCAUUAAAACAUUCUAGAUGUCAGAUGAAGCCAGCAGGAAUGGAUUAAGUUAGAUACAAGCAGUAGAGAUAAGGCCUGUUGCUGUUUUUCAAAUAAUAAUUAGUAUCACUUUGCCCAUUUGGUUUGUGUGGGAAAAUGCAUAGUGAAUGUACAUGACUCUUAGUCCCUGAAGCUGCCAGUGAAGGUUGUUAUUUCUUAGUCAUUAGGCAUCUGUUAUUUUUAGAGUGUUGCAUAUAAUUUCAUAGACUUUGUAAGUUUUGAGUCGAUACUAAAGACUUCUUUAAAGCUGUGUGGAUGACUUAAUGUAGUUUUUUUUUCAUAGAGUAAUAUGUUUUCAUGGGGAAGAAAAGUUGUGCAAAUUGUCACAUUUACCUACUGUUCAGUAAGAAAGAAAAAAACGGCGGUAGCAUUAGUAGAGGGAAGUGGCAGUAUGCUGUCACUUGGUUCACAAGUGUAAACCAGAGCUAGGUUUGUGCAAAGUGCUUCAAUAUCUUAAUUUGGUGAUGGGCUUGCCAGUGUCUUCUACUGUAGUUCUACUUAAAUUUAAGAAGUUCAAAGAUUCAUAAGAAAGCCCAUCUUACCACUAAUACCAUGGUAUAAACAACUUCAGUGUGUUUUCAAAGUAUGAGGGCGAGCCGGGCACGCUCUUAGCUUACUGCAACAUCACUGCUGGGCUGUCCCAAUCCCGCCGUUAAAUAGUAGUCCUGGCCGAGCCUCAGUGUGCUUCUCCAAACCAAACAGAAAAGACAGACUCAGGAUGGCAGCCGUUGCCAGCAGUCACUGGAAGGGUAGGUUUGCAGAGUCCUGUCUGUCCCCUUUCAUACAGAGUUGAGAUCAUGGUAUUUUAACUGUCUCUAGAGAUGCUAGAAGAGCCUUCCUCUGGAUAGUGACUGGAUUUUUUUUGCUGUAGAUAUAAUCUACUGUUGAAUCGUUCUUCAGCAGGUCCCAGCUUUUGCUUAACUGUUCAGAUAGAAAUGCAAAUGAGCUGAUACUAUUUUUAAAUCUCCACUGUUUAUGUACAACUAUAUUUACAAGGAAUAGUAAAGAGUGUUUAUUUUACUGUUAUAGUAUAACGGUUGUGAUCACUCAGUUUCAAAAGUAAAAGAAAAAAAUCUUAACUUUAGGGGAUGUGAAUAACAUAGUCCAAGUUUUCAGAAAUUACGUUUGUAAAAUUACCCUUUUCCUAUGAGAGUGUCGUUUAAACGGGUUCAAAUCAUCUUCGCAGAAGUUAGGCAGGUAGAAGUGAACUCAGUGA